AUGUUUUCUAUUUUCUUUCUUUCUUUAUCCACGUAUUUUCUCUUUCUUUCAUUCUUUCUUUCUUAUCGCACCUUUCUUUCUUAUCAAACUUUACUUUAUUUCUUUCUGUUACCAUCCACCUUCUUUCUUUCAUUCUCUCUUUCUCAUCCCAUUUUCUUUUUUCUUUCUUUCUUUCUCAUCUUUCUUUCUUUCUCUUUCUUCUCGCAUCCUUCGUCCUUUCUUUCUCUUUUUCUUUCUUUCCUUCUUUCUUUCUUUCUUUCUUUCUUUCUAAACAUUCUCACGUUCUCCCUCAAACAGUAUUUCUUUCUUGAGAAAGCGAAGCAUUUCAGCAUUUUCAUAUCUAUCUAUCUAUCUCAGUCUGUUCAUAUCUAUCUAUCUAUCUAUCUAUCUAUCUCUAUCUAUCUAUCUAUCUAUCUAUCUCAGUCUGUUCAUAUCUAUCUAUCUAUCUAUCUAUCCAUCUAUCUCAGUCUGUUCAUAUCUAUCUAUCUAUCUAUCUAUCCAUCUAUCUCAGUCUGUUCAUAUCUAUCUAUCUAUCUAUCUAUCCAUCUAUCUCAGUCUGUUCAUAUCUAUCUAUCUAUCUAUCUAUCCAUCUAUCUGUCUGUCUGUCUGCCUGUCCAUCUAUCUAUCUAUCUAUCUAUCUAUCUAUCUAUCUAUCUAUCUCAGUCUGUUCAUAUCUAUCUAUCUAUCUAUCUAUCUAUCUAUCUAUCUAUCUAUCCAUCUAUCUGUCUGCCUGUCCAUCUAUCUAUCUAUCUAUCUAUCUAUCUAUCUAUCUAUCUAUCUAUUAGACUUCAACCUAAAUAUGAAUACAUAAAUCUACUCUGUUCAUAUCUAUCUAUCUAUCUAUCUAUCUAUCUAUCUCAGUCUGUUUAUAUCUAUCUAUCUAUCUAUCUAUCUAUCUAUCUAUCUAUCUAG